AUGGCCUCACAGGCUGAAGAGACGAGCCCAGCUCAUGAGCUGGAGACUUCCAAAUCAACAAAAGCAAAUGCGGCUGCUUCGACUGGCGAGACAUCUGUGCUGACCAAGCCCCGACGCAGUAAAUAUCGCCAUGUCGCGGCCUAUCACUCGCAGGUGCGACAUUCCAGCCUCAGCCGAGACGCCGAUUGGACGCCCAGUUUUCUUGGGUUUCGCAAUCUCAUGGUGCUGGUGCUUGUGGCGAUGAAUCUACGGUUGAUCAUUGAGAAUUUUAUGAAAUAUGGGGUUCUAAUCUGCAUUAAAUGCCAUGACUACCGCCAGCGGGACAUUGUACUCGGGUCGAUUCUGUUUGCCUUGGUCCCAUGCCAUUUAUUUACUGCAUAUAUCAUCGAGUUGGCUACUGCGGGAGCCGCUAAAAAGACGGUCGGUCAGCCAAAGAAAACAGACGAAGAAAAAGAACAUGACCAGCAAGUGUUUCGGUCCACAUGGCGGUACACAGCCUUUCUUCACACGUUGAACGCCACGCUCUGUCUGGCAGUGACGAGUUUCGUGGUGUACUUUUACAUCCACCACCCGGGCAUUGGAACCCUCUGUGAGCUACAUGCGAUCAUCGUCUGGCUGAAGAUCUGCUCGUACGCAUUUACGAACCGAGAUCUUCGUUUGGCACUACUCAAUCCAUCCAGUGAUCCUGGCCUGCCCGAGAUCUACGCCUCGUGUCCCUAUCCUAGGAACAUCACCAUUGAGAACCUGUGCUACUUCUGGCUUGCGCCGACACUCGUCUACCAGUCGGUCUAUCCACGGACCUCGUCAGUGCGGUGGUCAUUUGUUGCGAAACGCCUGGCCGAGUUUGGGGGUCUCUCGGUGUUCAUCUGGCUCCUCUCGGCGCAGUAUGCAGCCCCGGUUCUGCGCAACUCGAUUGACAAGAUCGCUGUCAUGGACAUCGCCUCCAUCUUAGAGCGGGUUAUGAAGCUGUCUACGAUCUCGCUGGUUAUCUGGCUUGCGGGGUUCUUCGCACUCUUCCAGGCUCUGCUGAACGCCUUGGCCGAAGUGAUGCGGUUCGGCGACCGCGAGUUCUACACGGACUGGUGGAACAGCUCCAGUCUGGGAGUGUACUGGCGGUCUUGGAAUCGGCCAGUAUAUCUUUUUAUGAAACGACAUGUAUAUUCGCCGCUGGUGGGCCGCGGCUGGAGUCCAUUGGCCGCCAGCGGGAUGGUGUUCCUGUUGUCGGCCAUCCUCCACGAGAUGCUGGUUGGGAUUCCCACUCACAACUUUAUUGGUGUAGCUUUUGUCGGGAUGCUGUUUCAAUUACCACUCAUAGCUGUCACCGCACCCUUGGAGAAGAUGCGCGACCCUCUUGGCAAGGUCAUUGGCAAUUGCAUUUUCUGGGUGAGCUUUUGCUUAGUUGGACAGCCGCUGGGAGCUCUGCUCUACUUCUUUGCCUGGCAGGCCAAGUAUGGCAGCGUCAGCCGAAUGCGCUAA